AUGUGUCAACACACUGAACAUUCUUUAUUAAAUCUGGUAGUCAUUUCUUUUGACAGUGACAUUUUCAUCAGUGGGGGUAAAAUUCUGGCAUAAAAAUUGGCUCAGGUGGUUUUGGUGGUAAACUAUUGAGGGAAGUGGGAUCAGAGAUAUAAGAUGAUAAGGUGAUAUAAGGAGAAUCUAUGAAACUCAAAGAACCCCGAGUCAAAACCUAGUGUAGAGUUCUGUAGUACAAGUCUAGUGCUAAGUAAUAUUUCUAGAUAAAAAGAAAAGGAGUUUUAAACCAUUGUUUUGUGGUAAACAGCAAAUUCUUAAGUCACUUUUAAUCAGAUGUGACUGGUGAUUAUAGUCAAGCAUUUCUAUGUCCUGGUGUCCUUUAAACUAACUAUCAAAAUAAGUGGUCAUAUGUUUAAAAUGACUGCCUUUGCUUCUAUCAGGAGGCGAAAUCUUCAAUAGAUUAAACGGGCCUUGAAUAUUAAUGGAGAUCUUCAUUUUCUGGUAAUUUGAGUUAAUUUUCAGAUAUUUUGAAUUCAUGAAACCACCAGAAACAUGACACUCUCGGGAGCCUCGAUCUGCUGGGUUGGCAAUCUAGCUUUGGGGAGCAAUACUCAGGAAAGUUCCUGGGUAGAGCUGGUUACAGCAGAGAGUUGCAAAUGUCUUUCUUCGCUGUAAGAAAUGUUUACAUCUUGUGCCCUUUAUUAAUGUCAGCACUUAUUUGAUUAGUGAUGCGUGUGUGCUUUUGGCUGUAGAGAGAGAGAGCAGAGGUCUGCUCGGGGGUGGGGUGUCUAAGGUCCGUACUCUCAAAAAUGAGCGGGGGAUAGAGAGAGAUAGACAAGGGAGGGAGGAGAGGAAGUGAAUAUCCAAAACCACAGUCAUGAGGUUGUCAGUGUGUGCAGCGGUGUUGGAGCACUGAUUUGUGGAUCAGCAUAAACUUGGGGUGUAAGGGUUUCUUUGAGUUCUGGCGAGUUUUCUCGUGCAGCAUGUCAGAAGCUGCACGAGUGUCUUUCUGUAUUUCUUCUGGAUCUCUGCUGAUGUGUAGAAAGAUUCCUCAUCAGCUCGGUGAAAGUUACUGCUGUCGCGCAUCGUUUUGAGGCUUUAUUUUAUUUUAUUUUAGUUUAAUUUUAUGUUAUUUUUGCUCGAACAUCCUGGUCUGGAUGCGCAGCAGAGCGGAUACCUGAAAAUGAUGCGCAUCCGUGGCCGCAGCGUUUCGCUCUGUGAGCUCGGCCGUCCGCUCUACACACUGAGAAAAGCGGAGAAGAAGGGAGCCUUUUCCCGUCAGCCGAAUCACGUUUCACCGCUGACUGACUGAUCAGAGCUGAGGAAAACGGAAGGAGUGGGGCGUGUGGAUGUGAGACUAAAACAAAAAAAGAAAGUGGUUUUCAUCCUUUGUACUUGCGGAUUGAGAAGUUAGUUCAAGAAACGAGGAAAUAGCAGGUUGGCGCGCUGUUGUGCACGGUGGGUGAGGAGGGUUUGGGGGGUGGGAAAGAAAAAUGCUGCCUUCGCAAGAAGCCUCCAAAAUCUACCAUGACAACUAUAUGCGCAACUCCAGGGCCAUCGGGGUCCUGUGGGCCAUAUUCACCAUCUGCCUGGCCAUCAUUAACGUGGUGGUGUUCUUCCAGCCUUAUUGGAUUGGCGACAGCGUCAACACACCUCAAGCCGGCUACUUCGGUUUGUUCCACUACUGCGUGGGUAACGGGAACUCCAACCGGGAAUUCUCGUGCCAGGGCAGCUUCUCCGAAUUCGACUCCAUCCCGUCAGGAGCCUUUAAGGCGGCCUCAUUCUUCGUGCUGAUGUCCAUGGUGCUCAUCAUCACCUGCAUCGGCUGCUUCGCCCUCUUCUUCUUCUGCAACACUGCCACGGUCUACAAGAUCUGCGCCUGGAUGCAGCUGCUAUGCGCCAUCUGUCUCGUGCUUGGCUGUAUGAUCUUCCCGGAUGGCUGGGACGCAGAGGUGAUCCAGGACAUGUGUGGUGAGGACACUGGAAAGUAUACCUUGGGCAAAUGCUCUGUUCGUUGGGCCUACAUUCUGGCUAUCAUUGGCGUGCUGGAUGCCCUUAUCCUCUCCUUUCUGGCCUUCGUGCUGGGCAACCGGCAGAGGGACUUCCUGCAGGAGGAGCUGAAGGCUGAAAACAAAGACUUCGUUGUGUCAAGGCUCCAUCUUGGUCCCUCUCUGCGAAUGAAUGGUAUUGAAGUACAAGAAACUAAGGAUCCAAGAUUUUGUGUUCAACGGUUCCAUUAAGAACCAAUGAUCUCCUCCUCCUCUUCCAGCUUUGUGCCUCAUUCCCCGAUACUUCACCUCCUCCAUCUCCUGUCCUAAGCUCUUCAGGUGAAACCCUUUUGGUUUGGGUUUUGGAGGUCAAAGUUUGAUAAACAGGACUGACACGGACUAAUCUAUCAAAGUCAAACUGUUUGAGAAGAAACAAAACCUGAGAGAAAGUGGGAUGAUCAGCUUUACCAAACUCUGGGAUAAAAUCAUUCGCAAACACACACUCGUAUUGUUCCAUGGAGUUAUUACAUUAAAGCUCACAGAGUUAAAGAUCUGUGAUAAUUGAAUUGAGAAAAAAACACGUAUGUAAAAGCACACAGGUGCUACUUAUGACAUAAGAACAAAAAAGAAAUGAAACAACUUUUGUACACUUUAGACAAGGUGUCAUUUUGAAGUCUUUUUUAGGUUCAUUUUCAACUUCUCUUUGUACACGACAAGGUCUGAGCCCAGGAACGUCAAAAUAAAAGUUUCUAUGGAAACAGGGUAAACAACAUACAACAAACAACAUAUUCAUAAGCUGUUAACAGUAUAACAUGUUUGUCCUUUACUCUGUGUGUAAUACCGACAGGGGGCCAAAACCAGCUGUUUCAUUCGUUCGUAUUUCACAACAUUACAGUUUUUGGCUUGGUUUGUUGUCAAAGGGGUGAUAUCUGUUCUUCUUCCUCAGCUGGGUUCUGUUUGUAUGUCCAAAAAUAGCCCUGCAUGCUGCAUCUAUCUCAGGCCUAAAAGACGAUGCUGGGGCUCAGACUCCAUUCAGUCUGCUGCACUGUCCAUGCUACAUGCCCAGCAGUUGAAGAGCAUUGAGAGGACAAGAAAAAGAAUUGCAUACAGUGUAGCUAAUCUUAUAUGGACACAGACAAUUGGCUGACAUGAUGAUUUUAAAAGGCAUUUUCAUUUUGGAAGGCACAACUGAAGGAGAAGGUGGAAAGAAUGUGGUUUCUGUUGUGGUUUAAAGUGGCCUAAAAACCCUUGUGGAAAAUCUCUUUUGGUGAUUACCAAUAAUACAAAAGUCUGUAAGAUGCUAGUUAGCGCGCACAUUUACAGUCAGGGGCUAGUUUGAUCAUUUAUCAAGAAUUAAAUGCUGUAAAAGGCAUUUAAUCUAAAAAAAAAAAGUCACAUGACAUGACUUUUAAUUGAUUUAAGGAUUACUCAGCCUAUCUGGGAAAGUUUCUUUGUUUGUUUUUAAUAUUUUCCGCAACAUGAUGUAAAUUUCAGCUAUAAAAUUGAUGUUCAACCAGGACAUCAUCAAGAGCAUUAAAUUUAUAAUCUAUAUUCAAAACACUGGUAUAGUGGCAGACACACAGAGGCAUGCAAUGAAUGAAAGUAUGGAGAUUUAACGUUUAGAAGAGUUUCCUGUGCAUUUUUAGUGGUAUGAUAUUGCACUCACAGUCAUCUCAAGUGAUAGAUGUCCUUUCAUUCUCUGUCAGCCUCAGGAGUCUUUUUCCUUUUUCCUGCUGAGGUGUAUUAAAACAUCCAUCAAUUGAUCCAUUCUCUUUUGUUUAUCCAGUUCAAUCGUCAUAUAAUUGGCAGUAAUAUUAGUCUGACUUUUGAUCCUCAGUGGUUGAAUACCUGCGUGACUGGAGCAUUCAAGAUUGUUAAGAACAUGUGAGCAGCAAAGGAUCUUUAGUUUUUGUGAGAUUUGCUCAGGGUUAAAGUUUCCAGUACAGAUUUCUCAACUAGUUUUUGCACAAGCAAGUAUAUGUUUAUAACAAAUGUAUUAAUACUUGUUUUGGCUGAUCACCUUAGGGGUCCCACAGCAGAUCAUCUGCAUCCAUCUCUCCCUGUCUCUGGUAUCCUCUUCUGUCACACCAACCCCCUGCACUACAUCCACAAACCUCCUCUGCACACAUCCUAAACCAUCUCAACCUUUUCUCUCCAACGUUCUUUCCAAACCACUCAAUCAGAGAUGUCUUUCUGAUGUACUCAUUUCUCAUUCUUGUCCUUUCUGGUCAAUCUGAAUUUAAAUCUUAACAUCUAAAAUUCUGUGACCACUCAGCCAUCUCAGCCUUUUAUCAUUGUGGAGUAAGGUCUCACUGCCACCUUGUAAGCCUUCUCUUCCACUCUUGCUGCUACCCUUCUAUCGCAUAUCACCCCUGACACUCAUUUCCACCAAAACUACCCUGCCUCACCUCUCUUUUGCCGUGUCUGUUGCUUUGGAUGGUUGACCCCAGGUAUUUAAACUCGUCUCUACUCCUUACAUGUUAACAUUUCCACCAGUUUCCCUGUAAUUCACACACCGUCACAGCUAUGUCAUCUGCUGUCUUUACACUCUUCGUCAUCUUCAUAGCUGCCCUCACCUAUUCCUUACUAAUCCUCUGCACUUCCUGAUUCAAAAACUCUCCACCAUCUAUCCUUCUCUCACUCUCGAUUUCUUCAUUCAUCGGUUCCUUGGAGUAUUUCUUCUGUCUUCUGUCUUGUCAACAGACUCUUCACUCAUUAGCACAUUUCCAUUUCUGUGCUUAAUCAUCCUAACCCGCUGCACAUCUUUUCCAUCUCAGUCUCUCUCUGCCUGGCCAAUUGAUAGAUUGAUUCUUUUUUCCCCUUUUUUCUCUCUUUGCCAUAAGCCUAACCUCCUACUUCUUCCUUUGAAUACUUUUCUGUACUUCCUCAUCCCACCACCAAGUCUCCUUGUCUUCUUUCCUCUGUCCAGAGAAUACACCAAACAGCUUGGCAGCUUCCCUCAGCACUACAGCUGUAUGUUCCCAUUCAGCUUGUAAUUCUUCCCUUCCACCCAGAGCACGUCUCAAUUCCUUCCGGAGCCUCUGCCCCCACUUGCUUCCUCUUGAUGAAUGAAGUGAUCCUACAGACUACCAUCUUUCCUGCCUAGUUAAAUUCUCCUGUGCGACCACCGCGCAGUCUCCUACCUCUUUCAGAUUCGCCUACUGCAUAAGAUGUAGUCCACUUGUGUGCACCGUCCUCCACUUAUACACCACCCUAUCUUCCUUCAAUCAAUUCAACAGUUGUACUAAUAACAGCAAAAGUAAAUGGGUAUUUGCUAUGAUUUUUUUUCUUGGAUAAUUUGUGGCAUACGCAGCAAUGGCAUUUGAGCUGCUCUGAAUGAGUGAUAUGUCAAAGACACAUCCAUGCAAAUAAAUAUAUAAAUAAAAAAGAUUUGGUCUUCCUUUCCAACACUGUCAUUUAAUUGUACCUAAUCAAGAUGAAAAUGAUUGGUUUAUACUUGUUUUCUUUUUCCUCUGCCUUUGUUUGAGUGUUAGUUUGGUUAUGGGAUGCUCUGAUGUCUCUCUGUAGUGAAACAGGAAUGUUUGAGCAGAGAGGAGAGUCCAGCAUGGCUGCCAGUGCCAUAUAACCUUUUUAUCACCAUUAGUGUCAUUGUUUUAAAAAUAAUAAACCAGUAACUAACAA